UGAAAUGAAAGAAAGAAGAAUCAGUUGAACUAAUAUUACGUCAAUAACAGGACUGACUCAUGAUUAUAAUGAUUCAAAAUACCUUUUUCAAUUUUCAGUUUUUCUACUUUAAAAUUUGAUUUUUUUUUUCUAAAUUAAAAUAAUUUUUUUGCUUGUGUGAUAAUUUUUAUAUACUUGGUUAUGUAAACCAUAAAAAAGUAGAUACUUUUUAUUUACUAUUGUCCUUUUAUCUUUCGUUUAUUUUUUUAUAUAUAACACGUUCAUUAAAAACUGUUUCUUAAUGUGGGUCUUAAGGGCAUGAUUAACCCGGUCUUUUAUUCGGGAUUCUUAACUUAUGAUUUGACACUUUUCGGCUAAGAAACGGUUUUUAUAUAUCUUAUUUAAAAGACAGUUCUUAGUUUUUCUUAGUUAAAAUCUAAAAAAAGCUAAGACGAACCCCAACUUAGUUGGGUUAAUUAUGGUCUUAAUUAUUGGGUUUAGGACCCCACCUUAAUAACCUUGGGAUCAAAAGUUAGAAUCCAGAACGCGUAUGCUCCAAGUAACCCUAGGAGUAGGAAGCUAAAGCGAUUCGCAUCCCAGGGAGUAACUCCAAAGGAUAUACGCAAUAUGCAAAGAAUAUUCUUACAGCAACAAUCAAACUCAUAAAGGCUUUGGUUCCAUGUUCGAAUCAUAAUCUCAACUUCAAUAGUGUUUUUCUUCUCUUCAAGGCUUCAUCAGAUUCUCUUAUAGUUCGAUAUCAUCUUCGUAAGUAUCAAUGGGGAAGCAAUUUAAUAAGAAGAUCACUUGGGUGAUCAAGAAUUUCUCCUCUUUGAAAUCUGAGAAAUUUUGUUCUGAUCGUUUCGUCGCCGAUGGCUGCAAAUGGUAUCUUUCUGCAUAUCCCAAGGGAAGCAAUGAUCACUUGUCUCUGUUUCUGGAAGUCGACAAUUCUGGAUUAUUGCCUAUUGGAUGGAGAAGACACACAAAGUUUUCAUUUACCGUAUUAAAUCAACGUUCAAAAAAACUCUCCAGAAGUGAUUUUACAGAAUUACAACAGUGGUUUGAGCAGAUGACUCCCGGUUGGGGUCCACCAUCCAUGUUGCCCCUUAACGAGCUCCACGCCAAAGAUUCCGGAUUUCUUGUAAAUGGGGAUCUCAAAAUUGUUGUUGAGAUAGAUGUUCUUGAAGUUAUUGGCAAAUUAGACGUGACAGAGGAAACUUCAACAAUAAUAGAAACAAUGGAUGUUAAUGGGUUUCAGAUUCUUCCUUCACAUGCAGAAUAUGUCAGCCGUAUGUUUGAAAGACACUCGGAGCUUGCAUCUGAGUUCCGUCCAAAGAACCCAAAUCUAAGGACAGCUUACAUAAGUUUUCUACUCAGUGUGAUUGAGACUAUGUGCCAGUCACCGCAGGAGCUCUCCCAGGAUGAUCUGACUGAUGCUUAUGCUGCAAUGGGAUUCAUGAGUGAUGCUGGAUUUAAGUUGGAUUGGUUGGAGAAGAAGCUUGAUGAGGUGUCAGAGAAAAAGAAGAAUGAGAAAUCUUCUGAAGCUGGGCUACAAGAGAUGGAGGAAGAUUUGAGGGACUUGAAGCGGAAGUGUUCAGACAUGGAAGCUGUAGUGCAGAAAGAGAAGGUGAAGAUGUCGGCUGCAAAAGCUCCUCUCUCAUUUGAUGAUGUCGUUUAAUGUUGUUGAGAUCUUAAAGCACUUGGGAGUUUGGUUCUGGUUUGUUCCCGAGAGAACUCUUAAAAGAGACGCAUGAUUUGAAAUUUUCACAAUGGUUGCAAAUAUAGCUCUUUUUAAUUAUGUUGAUCAUAGAAUAUACAAUUUCUGUCAAAAAGUUUCAAUAUUUAUCAUAUCGCAUUCAUCAGGAUGACUUGCAUAUGAAAGUGAUGACGUGUGAACCAAGUUACAAAUAAGUUUUGGAAUAUUUCCUGUUAUGGGAAUGUUUGAGUUUUAGGAUUUUGCCUUGUUUCUUCUAUUCUUUUACUCAAUGCCUUCAUGAAGAAGAAAUGUGAUGCCAUUUUGUUCAUAUUCGCUCAUGCUAUUAAUAUUAAGGAUAGCUGUAAUAUCUUAAUUUUGUGUAUGUUGUUAAGAAGGUUAAUCAUCAAGUAUUAAACA